AUGAGGGAAACGCCUACAGCUCAAAGCUAGAACAUCUCGGGAAAAGUCAGCAACAGAAACUAAUUGGAGUUUUAAACUAUACAAACAGUAGCAGGCAUGUCGUGAAACAUUGAAACUGUUGCCAAGAACGACCCGCAGCGUCAGGGACGCACAGCUUCAAAGACAAAUCCCAUUGAUUUUGAAACGACAGCUGAAUCAGGAUGACGGAAUCCAAUUCAAAAGCUGCAAAAGAAUUGACAGAAAUUAUGGAAGCGACUAUGCAGAAUCUUCACAGUAAAUUUCAGAGCAUGUCUGACCAGAUUGUUUCAAAAAUGGAUGACAUGGGGACUCGAAUUGAUGACCUGGAGAAGAAUGUUGCCGACCUCAUGACCCAGGCUGGUAUGGAUGAGCAGCAGACUCCUAAGUGACCAAGCCAUCAGGUUAACACACAUCAGAUCAGCUAACUUCACUUGAUUUCUGAGGUUCCACUAAAGACAGAUGUGGCAUGACAAAAGGCCACACAUAGGCAGGUUAUUACUGAUCUAUUGUUAUGUAACAGCCUAUGGCAUUUGCUUUCUCAUUGUGGGGGAUUUUACCAUGUAAACACAAUACAUUGUGUUGUAUUAUAGAAAAAACUAUGUUUAUUCAACUGUUCAUAAACAAUACGAUCGGGUUGAAGAAUUCCAAGUCUUUCCUGUCAUCGCAGCACUACCCAUAGCAUUUGAGAAGAAACAAGUCACAUAUACAUACAGAUUAAACAUAUGGGCCAAUUUCAACACUUUCAAUGGAGAUUCCUUAUUGAGAAAGAAGCUAGUCCUUGACUUAAUAAUCAAUCUGGAUCCAAGAAUACAGGCUGUGAAGUGAUAACUAAAUGGCAAUAUAAAAUAUGAGCAUAACAUUUAUUAAAUCAAAGACACCAAAUUAUGUUUUUUAUAACUGCUGUUGAAAAAAGAUGACUUGGCUAUAACAUAAAAGAGAGCAGGACACCUCGAUCGGAGCCUUUUUGUAGUCCAGCUGUCUAGAAAGUCUCAUAAUGAAAGGACAGAUUUGCUCCCAUUGGGCUUCACACAAAGCAAUGGAAAGGGAAGAACCAAUCAGUAUCUGUAUUUUGUGGAGUAGUCCUUAGGAGAUACGACCAGACCUCGUCCUUUUCUCGCCCCUCGGUAAACGGUCUCAACAAUGUCAAUCAUCUCCUGCUUGUCCUCCAUGGUCCAGUUGAUCUUGUUGUUGUUACCAGUCCCCAGAUCUAUCAUGAUGUGCUUGUUCCUG